GCUUUCCAUUAUUAUACUCUUCAGUGCUUCCGUAGUAUGAAUUUCUUAUGAUAACAAGCCCACUGAUCAACUCAUCAUGAUGAAUAACCUUGUGAAUGCCAAGUUCCUGAUUGGCCACUGCCUUUCAUACACGGUGGUGUUCGGGGCUUCUAUUCUAAAAUUACCCCAAAUAUUGAAUAUUUACCGAAGACGAAGCGCUUCCGGGAUCUCAAUAACGUCAAAUUACAUAGAGUUGUUUGCGUACGUUGUUUCCACAAGUUGGGGCAUUGUCCAUAAAUUCCCAUUUCGAGAUUUUGGUGAAAAUGGGUUGAUUUUAGUCCAAUUGGUCGUUCUUAACAUAAUGGUGGCGAAUUUUCAGAAAAAGACGCGUAUCACAUCCGCUGUACUUGCAGUUUAUUUGAUUUUGUUUAGUCUACUGUCGAAAGGCUACGUCUCGCGUGGGGCUCACGAAUGCCUUCUAAGCAGUCUUAUCCUUUUAAAUGUCUGCAGUCGCGUCCCACAGAUUUUUCUGAAUUUCAAGAACAAGUCCACUGGGCAACUUUCUUUUCUGACUUUUUUUCUGGCGUUUGGAGGUGGAGUAGCGCGCAUGAUGACGACGAUGUUGAAUGUGCCGUGGGAGAAGGGGAAGUUUAUUAUUCUGAGCCAGUUCAGCAUGGCCGCACUGCUUAACUUUAUUGUUAUUUUUCAAAUUCUUUAUUAUGCACAGAAGAAGAGAGUAAAGCGUACGUAAAACAUGAUUGAUAUUCUAUCAUCUCAAAAAUGUAAGCUUACAUGCAAAAAGUAUAUAUCCAAAAAAUAGUAAGAAUAUAUAAAUGUCUAUAUUCCAUUAUUUGGCGCAUAUGCUUUUUUGUUGUUGUUGGUGGUAUGACCAAUGGUUUAGAACUAAAUCAGCUGUAAGUGGGAUAUAAUCCGGUAGCAUUAAUUUUAACGAAAACAAACAAAGAAACAAUACUAUACACAUGAUCAUUUCCGUAACCGAGGGAAAUACAUUCACACUAUUAGGAGUCCAUUGCUCUUGAAGAACAAAUCAGUCCAUUCAUCCCUUUAUCAAGUGCUCUUUUGAUUUUUUCAUAGGGCGAUUUAACUGCGUAGGGCUGUGGUGCCUUUGUUUAUUUUAUCCAAUCCAAAAUGAAAUGAAAUCCCCCCCCCCCUUCCACAGUUCUUCAUAAAGU